GGUCGACCCAUGGCCUCUUCGCGGUGGAUGAGCUCGAGUAGUGGAGGUGAUGAUCAGAGUAGUGAAGAGUCCGAGGGCCCACGGCAUCGAAGGGGCAGAGAACUGCAGCCAUCCCAGAAGGCGGCUGAAGAGGACAUGUCUCCACUGCUACCACCGCCUACUACUACUACUGACCACCUCCCACCCCCAAGGAUCAUCCCACCUAGUACCGCUACUGCUGCGGAGAUGGCCCCUCCUCCCCAGGCCCCACCGCAUCCUCCUCCUCCGCCUCUCCCUCAAGCACUGUGGCAGCAGAUGCCGGCAGCAGGACCACCCACCUUGAUGGCCCCUUGGGGAAUGCCUCAGCCUGCACCUGUUGGGUAUGGUGGUGCUAGCGGUGGUGGUUGGCCGACGUCUACGACAACGACGACGACAGCGCCACCAACAGCAGCAGCAGUGGACCCUCAAUGGUUACAACACUACCAGGCUAUGUAUCAGGCCAGUGGGGCCCACUUCGAUCAACAUGCACUGCACCAGCAACAACAACAACAAAUAGCUAUGCAAAUGAUGAUGAUGUCCACAGCAAAUGUACAACGCCAACAACAACAACAACCAUCGGUAGCCUAUAGUGCUGGCAUAUACCCCUAUCCCCAGCAGGCCCCAUCGAAGGGUGGCGGACCUGGCCCUAUGGGGCAGUCUAUGGGAGGGCGAUGA